CUCCGCUGGAGAACCGCCUCGGGCCAACCUUCGUCGGCAGAACUACGGAGCGCGGCGCGGUCCCGCAGAGGCGGCGACUUCCACACCGCGGAAGUCACAUGACAGGAAGUCGUCCAGAAGAGGCGGAAGCGGCGUGUGCCUGCGGUGGCGGGGGCGCCCGAUCGCGGAGGUAAAGUUUGGGGAGUCGGGGACGCCCAGCAGCCAAAAUGAAGGUGAAGAUGCUGAGCCGGAACCCGGACAACUAUGUCCGCGAAACCAAGCUGGACUUACAACGAGUUCCAAGAAACUACGAUCCUACCUUACAUCCUUUUGAGGUCCCACGAGAGUAUGUAAGAGCUUUAAAUGCUACCAAACUGGAACGGGUAUUUGCAAAACCAUUUCUUGCUUCCCUGGAUGGUCACCGAGAUGGAGUCAAUUGCUUGGCAAAGCAUCCAAAGAGCCUGGCUACUGUCCUUUCUGGGGCAUGUGAUGGAGAGGUUAGAAUUUGGAAUUUGACUAAACGAAAAUGUAUCCGCACAAUACAAGCACAUGAAGGUUUUGUACGAGGAAUAUGUACUCGAUUUUGUGGGACUUCUUUUUUUACUGUUGGUGAUGACAAAACUGUGAAGCAGUGGAAAAUGGAUGGACCAGGCUAUGGAGAAGAGGAGGAACCAUUGCAUACAAUACUAGGAAAGACAGUGUAUACAGGAAUUGAUCAUCACUGGAAAGAAGCUGUUUUUGCCACAUGUGGACAGCAAGUAGACAUUUGGGAUGAGCAAAGAACAAGUCCUAUAUGUUCAAUGACCUGGGGAUUCGACAGUAUAAGUAGUGUUAAAUUUAAUCCAAUUGAGACAUUUCUCUUGGGAAGUUGUGCUUCUGACAGAAAUAUAGUACUAUAUGAUAUGAGGCAAGCUACUCCCCUGAAAAAGGUCAUCUUAGAUAUGAGAACAAAUACAAUAUGUUGGAACCCUAUGGAAGCUUUCAUUUUUACUGCAGCAAAUGAAGAUUACAACUUAUAUACUUUUGAUAUGCGUGCACUGGAUACUCCCGUAAUGGUACAUAUGGAUCAUGUAUCUGCGGUGCUUGAUGUGGAUUAUUCUCCCACUGGGAAAGAGUUUGUGUCAGCUAGUUUUGAUAAAUCUAUUCGUAUCUUUCCUGUGGACAAAAGUAGAAGCAGGGAGGUCUAUCACACAAAGAGAAUGCAACAUGUUAUCUGUGUGAAAUGGACUUCUGACAGCAAAUAUAUUAUGUGUGGAUCUGAUGAAAUGAACAUUCGUCUAUGGAAAGCUAAUGCUUCUGAAAAAUUGGGUGUGCUUACAUCACGAGAAAAAGCAGCCAAAGAUUAUAACCAGAAGUUGAAGGAGAAAUUUCAACAUCAUCCUCACAUAAAACGCAUUGCUCGUCACCGGCACCUACCAAAAUCCAUCUACAGCCAGAUCCAGGAACAGCGCAUCAUGAAGGAAGCUCGCCGACGAAAGGAGGUGAAUCGUCUCAAACACAGCAAGCCCGGAUCUGUGUCGAUUGUCCCAGAGAAGAAGAAACACAUAGUGGCAGUUGUGAAAUAAUACUUGGUAUCCCUACCAAUCCUGAUGUCUAAUCAUUUGUUACCUAUUGAUAUGCAGACUCUGCAAAUAAAGUACUGGUUCUAGAAUAAUAA